AUGCCGGACUCCAAGCCUGAUCGCGUUUCAAAGCGCAAGAGCCGUGACGGAGACGAGGUUCCUCGCAAAAAGCAGCACCGCGGCCCGCCCGCGGACGACGUCCAAUUCGAGGACUACGGUAGCGGCGACAAUGUCCCAGCCAAGUCGAGCCGCAAGUACAAGGAUAAAUUUGCUCCACGGCCUGAGAGGCAAUAUCCCUCGGUUAAUGAGCUGAAGAAACGGAUCCGCGAUGUCAAGCGUCUCCUCCAGAAACCGAGCUUGCCUGCAGAUGCUCGAAUCCUGCAGGAACGUGCCCUCGCUGGGUACGAGCAGGAUCUUUCUGAAGAGAAUACGCGCCGAGAUCGUUCACAGAUGAUCAGUAAAUACCAUUUCGUCCGGUUCCUGGACCGCAAGAAUGCAACCAAGCAAUUGAAUCGCCUCGAGCGCCGUCAAAAAGAGCAGAGCCUCGACUCCGAGCAGAAGAAACAGCUCGAAAGCAAGAUCCACGCUACCCGCGUCAACCUCAACUACACCAUCUACUACCCUCUCACCGAGAAAUACAUUGCACUCUAUCCCAAGUCGAAGGCCUCAGACAAGGACGGUGCGGAGUCAGGAUCCGAACCGGAGCCGGAAACAAAGACGCAAGGCGACGAGACAAAACCACCGCUUUGGUCUGUCGUUGAAAAGUGCAUGGAAGAGGGCACCCUUGACAAACUUCGUGAUGGCAAAUUGAACAUUGGGGCCGACGGUAAACAGAUUGCGGCUCCCGCCGCAAAGGCAAGCGGAGACACGGACAUCAAGAAAAGCAAGACGAAGAAGUCGAAAGAGCCCGAGGCCCCCAGAAAGAGCCAGCCGACUCGCACAGAUACGGACAAGAGCAAAUACGAAAACUUCAACAGGAGGGAUCGUCGCCGGGAGCAGGCCAAGGCAGCCCCUGUUCCUGUCCAAGCCGAUGGAGAUGACAGCGACGGUGGUUUCUUCGAGUAA